CUCAGCCACUGGAUUUGAGAGUCAACUCAAGCUUCCAACACAUCACUAGAUCUUUGCAAAAUGCUGUCCCAAGUACUACGCUUUACUUUCCCGGCCGGUUCCACCAUAUCAUCGGCAGCAUUCCUGAAGCUUCGCCAGCAAAUUGCUGCAGCGGGCGCAGCAUCCCAAUACUAUGGCUACACUACGCCGACCAGAGUCUUGAGUCUACCUAGAAAGCGCCAUGAGGCUUGUUGGGUCAUUCAUUGGCCUAACGAGCGACAAGACCGAAGCGCUGUGGCCGAAGGAUUAAUUAGCACUGGUAUUACAGAUGCAACAUCUUUGGAGUUCGAAUUCACUGAAGCUCAAUUGGAACAUUUGACCAAGGCGCUUGACGCUCCAAUUUGCGAAUUUGCUUGUAUCCGACUGAGAGAUGAUGCCCCAUUAGAAGACGAGGCUCUACAGAAAUCAAUGCAUAAAACGUAUUCCGAUACUUACCAGAUUCCAGGAUUUACAGGCGGCUAUUGGACAUACGCUCUUAACUCCAACGAAACCGCGGGUGUAUCUUGCAGCAGCCCUGGCCCGGAAACAAUUCCCAAGUCCCACCGAAGACUCGGAGUUUAUUAUCUCGGAUGGGAUAGCAUUGAGUUGCACGAAGAUGGGACCCAAACGGCAGCCUUUUCCGAGGAGAUUGACAAGUUGCAGCCAUAUUUUGGACCGGGAUCAGGCGCUUUUUACACGAUACUUCGCCAACAUAAAUAACGCGCUGUGCAAGAAUAGCAGAUACGCCAUAUAAGUUGGAGGUGUAAGGCUUGUGGCAUUUAACGGGUGGUUGCCUAACAAAGGCUCGCGAGGCAUUUCUGAAGGCUGUCCUUGGUUCGAAUAUGCCCCCUCAUUCACAAAACUACAUGCAGAUGAAGGGCGAAUUGCGUCGAUGCGAAUUCAUUCUAGUUUCUAUACUGGUGAUAGGCCGCAAUAUAAUAGCUAAAAGACAAACAUCAAUGAUCAGGUUCAG